CGGACAGAGCAGGGGAAGAGGACAUUAUUCUUUGUCUUGAUUCUCAUCUCUCUCUCGCUCUAGGGUUUUGAGACAGCCAUCGAUUAAAAAAGGGUUUAUAUAGUUAAACCUAAAUGUCCAUACAAUACAUAUACAUGUAUAUAUAAUAUGAGUCUCUGAUUAUGUAGACACAGGUCGAUCAAUCGUCUUCCUCAGCUUGUUUUGAAUCUCAUUUCUGAAAUUGCUUGUUAGGCUUAUACGCAUCGAGGACUGUGAUCGACCAUCGUAAUCGUUUUGGGUCGAGAUCAUAAUCCUCGAAAACUCAAACAGAGAUGGAUAAUGGUGGUGGAAUUGAUGGAGGAGGAGCUAAUUUGGCUCAGAAGUUCGCUGCCUUGGCUGUCACUAGUAAUAGUAAUGAUUCCCCCAAUCCUAACAACAACCACAACGACAACGAUGGAUUGUUUCAGGUUAUGAAAGCUGUUGAAGCUGCUGAGGUCACCAUCAAACAACAGGCGGAUGAGAACACUAGGUUGAGGACUGAACUUCAGAAAAAGAUGCAGGAACUUGAAAAAUUUAAAUCAGAUAACUCAACAGCUCAAAGGCCUAGUUUAGUUGAUAAUUGGGAUAAUCAUGCUCAAAGACCACUCAGAGCUCAUCAAUUUGACUCCUCUGUGGUAAACCAAGGAGAUGGGGUUAGUGGCACUGGCGGCAUUUUUCUAAACAAUCCAUCAGGUGCUAUAGUUCAAAAAGAUAUAAUGCGAAAUAAUGAGGAUCAUGACACACAAAGUCAUGCUGAAAGCCAAUCUGAGAGUAGCAAAAUCAAUGGGAAUUUGAAAGUGCUUUCUGGUGGUCAGAAACCUGUAGAUAAUGUUGGCUUCUCUCAAUUUUCAUCGCCAUCUACAGCAUCUUUUUCUCCCAACAGGCUUCAAAUGGAAGGAGAAUGUGAUCCACGGUUUAAUUUAUCUGGACGUGGGCUAAUGCCCAUUGCUGAAGUUAAUAAUACUAGCCUCUGGAAGCAGGAUCUUUUUGUUAGCAUUCGUGAACAAGAAGAAGAGAUUUUGCAGUUGCGGAGACAUCUUGCUGACUACUCAAUCAAGGAAGCUCAAAUACGCAAUGAGAAAUAUGUCCUAGAAAAGCACAUUGCUUAUAUGCGUAUGGCCUUUGAUCAGCAGCAGCAAGACCUUGUUGAUGCUGCUUCUAAAGCCCUCUCCUAUAGACAAGACAUAAUUGAGGAAAAUAUAAGUCUUACAUAUGCAUUGCAGGCCGCACAACAAGAAAGAUCAACGUUUGUGUCAUCUUUGCUGCCUCUUCUUGCAGAGUAUUCUUUGCAGCCGCCAUAUCAUGAUGCCCAAUCUAUUGUUAGCAAUCUCAAGGUUCUGCUUAAACAUUUGCAGGAGAAGCUCAGUAUUACUGAGGCAAAGCUGAAGGAGUCUCAUUAUCAAUUGGCACCCUGGCGUUCUGAUGUGAACUCAAAUUUUCCUCCACAAUCACCAUCUCACCCCGUUGGUGUAGCAUCAAACAAAAAUGUGCUUGAACUGGUGCCUCGGCCAGCUUAUUCUUAUGGAAAUGUACCAAUUACUUCUUCUGACCCUCAGACAACUGCAGAUUGGGAUAUGUUGGGACAUCAUCAGAGUGGUUUAGGUGAUGGGGUUGCAAAAAAUCUGGAGCCUGACGACAUUGUGAGGUAUUCACCUCAUUCAAGCAGGCAUACUGCAUCCCAAGAUGUACGAGCACAGCUUUCUGUUAGCCAGGGUGAUUCACAUCCUACACGUUAUGGUGAAGAAACCGCCACUAAACAGGUGACAUUUAGUGACACUGUUAGCAGCACUGAAAUGGAUGAGCUUGAUGCUGAGGGACAACAAAAUGAGAGAGACCCUUCUAACUGGGGUUCCAAAAACUCUCCUUUUUCAACCUCGCUUGAUGAUCCCACCUCCUCAUAUUCUCCUUAUUUAGCACCAGUUCUUGAAGAACCUUCUUCAUCUUUCUCUGAAGCUGGAGAUGACGAUCCACUACCUGCUAUAGAGGGCCUUCAAAUUUCAGGUGAUGCUUGUCCUGGACAUGAUCUCCAAGCAAGUGGAUUCUCUAUUAACGGAACAACCAGUUGUAAUUUUGAGUGGGUUCGCCAUCUGGAAGAUGGAUCUUUUAACUAUAUAGAGGGGGCAAAGCAACCUAACUACCUUGUUACUGCUGAUGAUGUUGAUACAUAUCUUGCUAUUGAAGUCCAGCCUCUGGAUGACAGGAAACGCAAGGGUGAACUUGUGAAGGUCUUCGCCAAUGAACAUAGAAAGAUCAGUUGUGAUCCUGACAUGCUUAGCUGCAUAGAGAAGACACUUUAUAAUGGGCAUGCUUCCUACAGGGUAUCCUUGUCGACUGGAUAUCUUGAUAUAUGGGAACCAGCUACCCUGGCAAUCAAGAGGGAAGGUUACAGUAUCAAAGGUAGUGGACCUAGUGGUGUUGUAGUCACCGAGAAGUUUUCGCCAACCACAAGUGUCACUAUUCCUUUUGCACAUCCUACAGAAUUUUGUAUUAUUAGUUCUGGGGUUGAGCAUAUUUUACGGGCAGAAAACAGCUCAACAAUGACGCAUUCAGUUCAACAGAAUUCUCUACAAAGCUGUUCAAGAGAUACAAUUGUUCUCACCUUGAGAUUUUUCAUCAAAAGGGCUGGUGAGAAAAGGAAAGGAAAGAAAAGGGGUUUGUUCUUUAAAUAGCGACGGCUUGGCAAUAUAGGUAUUUGUUGUAAAGGGUGGUGUAAUUAUUGAUCAAGCCGUCACCUGCGUUGUUGGAGAUUUCUCUUGUAUCUUGUGUAUGAUGUUUACACCUUACUACCGGCUCAAAUCAGCCCGAGUUUGAUCAUGCUCCCAAUGCUCCCCCUCUCUUUCUCUCUCAUGCCUGUGCACGUCUUGCAAUGUUUCCAUUCAGAAAUGUGUAUAACUGAGAAAACCAGAGAUUUAUAUAGCAGCACCGUAACAAACUGUAUUUUGUGUUCUUUGGUUGAAAAGAAGGAUUAGAUUGGAGAUGAUGAGUGAGGGAGGACACCGGACCAGAAUACUAGAGAAGUUGGGCGAGGCUUCGAUUUUUUUUUGCCUUUUUGUUUCGAUUUUUGUUCUUAUAUAUAUAUAUAUAGAUAGAUUUGUUUUCCCUUCUUAGUGCAUUUUGAUGUUCCACUUUAUAAGGCUAUAAAGCAUGAUGGCAUUGGUGUGCGACUCUCAUCUGUCAACUGAUGCAUUUCUAAAGUUAGUAAUGUUACAAUAAUUAAAUUUGAGUACCAAAAUUUUGAAUACUA